CCCUACCCCUGCUGAGCUACAGGGGGCGGUGGCCCCGGCCAGUUCGGUGGCAGGAUGGACAGAGGCACAUUAGGAGGCAGCUCUCUGACCGACCCGGGGAGGGAGAGCUGCGGGCAGGUUUGCAUGACCAACUGCCCGACGCUCAUCGUCAUGGUGGGCCUGCCUGCCAGGGGCAAGACCUACAUUUCUAAGAAGCUGACCCGCUACCUGAACUGGAUUGGUGUGCCCACUCGGGAAUUCAACGUUGGCCAGUAUCGCCGGGACAUGGUCAAGACAUAUAAAUCUUUUGAGUUUUUCCUCCCAGACAAUGAAGAGGGCCUGAAAAUCCGGAAGCAGUGUGCGCUGGCAGCUCUCUGUGACGUCCGGAGGUUUCUCAGUGAGGAUGGGGGACAUGUGGCGGUUUUUGAUGCAACUAAUACCACCAGAGAACGGAGAGCAACCAUCUUUAAUUUCGGGGAGCAGAACGGCUACAAGACCUUCUUCGUUGAGUCGAUCUGUGUGGAUCCUGAGGUCAUAGCUGCCAACAUCGUGCAAGUGAAGCUGGGCAGCCCUGAUUAUGUCAACCGGGACAGUGACGAGGCCACGGAGGAUUUCAUGAGGCGCAUCGAUUGCUAUGAGAACUCCUACGAGUCACUGGAUGAGGACCUGGACAGGGAUCUGUCCUAUAUCAAGAUCAUGGACGUGGGGCAGAGCUACGUGGUGAACCGUGUAGCUGACCACAUCCAGAGCCGAAUCGUUUAUUACCUCAUGAACAUCCAUGUGACUCCCCGCUCCAUCUACCUGUGCCGGCACGGGGAGAGCGAGCUCAACCUCAAGGGCCGGAUUGGCGGGGACCCAGGACUAUCUCCCCGGGGCAGGGAGUUUGCCAAGAGUCUGGCUCAGUUCAUCAGCGACCAGAACAUCAAGGAUCUGAAGGUCUGGACCAGCCAGAUGAAAAGAACCAUCCAGACCGCGGAGGCGUUGGGUGUGCCCUAUGAGCAGUGGAAGGUCCUCAACGAGAUCGAUGCGGGCGUCUGUGAGGAAAUGACCUAUGAGGAAAUUCAGGCCCAUUAUCCACUGGAGUUCGCCCUGCGGGACCAGGACAAGUACCGUUACCGGUAUCCAAAGGGUGAGUCCUAUGAGGACCUGGUCCAGCGACUGGAGCCUGUCAUCAUGGAACUGGAGAGGCAGGAGAACGUGCUGGUCAUCUGCCACCAGGCUGUGAUGCGCUGCCUCCUGGCAUACUUCCUAGACAAGGCAGCAGAACAGCUGCCCUACCUCAAGUGUCCCCUGCACACGGUCCUGAAGCUGACCCCUGUGGCUUACGGUUGUAAAGUGGAGUCCAUAUUCUUGAACGUGGCAGCUGUGAAUACACACCGAGACAGGCCUCAGAAUGUAGACAUCUCCAGGCCUCCAGAGGAAGCCCUUGUCACAGUCCCUGCUCACCAGUGACCACAAGUCAUCCACUGAGGCCCCUGGGCAGGAGUUGGUUGAGUCUCCAGACGAGGUCAUUCCAGGUUCCUCUCGUGUUUACAUUACGGGCAUUGUCACCAUGCAGGAGCACCGUCGAAGCUGUGCCUGGCUGGCAGCGCCCAGAGCCCUCAGCCUAGCCCACCGUCUCCUUGAUGACAGCCAGCGACAGGGUUGGAUGCGGCUGCUGAAUGCUCAGAAUCCCCAGGCUAUUUGCCGUGCAGCUGGUUGAGCUCCCCCUUUGCCCCACUUUCUGGCCCCUUUGCUGUGGCUGGCAGAUAGAUGGCUGCUUUGUGAAGUGUGCAGCCCUAAAUGUGAAACGGAAUGUCUCACCGAGAUGUCCUCACUGUGGCUCAGCUGCCUGGGUGCACAAGGCAACCCCUGGCCGGGCUCUUCCUGUUCUCUUCAUAGCCACGUCUUCCUGGGGCGCUGAGUAUCUCCUACUCAAGGCGAGGCCAACUCUCCCCAUCCCUCCCUUCCAGGAAUGGAAGCGCUGCAGCCGCUGGCCAGGCCCAUUGGGCAGUCACCCACAUUUGGCAUUCCUCGAACAGCAUGCUUGCUUUGGCACAUUGUGACGCUGAAGGGAAAGAGAACAUUGGAGGUGCCCUUUCCUGACUUCUACCAAGGCCUACGCCGAAAUAUUGGGGAGCUGGGGCUCAGGCCGCCUUGUCCCAGCUGUUCUCAAGAACUGAACUGGGGCGACCAUGGAAGGAUGGUCAGCUGUCCUGGUUACCUUCACAGUGCACACACCAAAGUGCUCAAGGAGCCUGGGCUCCCCUUCCCUGGUCAUUGUCAGCUCUGUCCACACAGGACUAUGCACCGCUGGCAAGGAUGUUCCUUUGGUGUGAGUGGCUCAGAACUACCCGUAGUCUUGUUAGGCCCUCCCUUGUGUUUGUUAACGUCCAUCUGUUGGACUGAGGAAGGAGGAAAACAGGCCUUGGAGGCAGCCACUGGCCCAAGGAGAAGUCCCCAGCCCGUCACAGCUUUGUCUCCUGUCAUGGGAGUCUGAUAAAAACAACCUUGUGGAGCCUCUGAGUUCUUGUGGGUUUAUGCAGCCGAUUAUGGCUCCGUGUCUCAGCUGGCCAACAGACUGACGUGCAGGGCAGGAACCCAUACCAGUGGCUGGUGCUCCACUGCCCACAAACGGGACCUUGGUAAGCCAGAUCCCUGCAUCCAAGAGCCUUUCCAAGUCUGGGCCUUUUCAGCCUUGCCACUCCCAUUGUCUGGCUGUAGCCUGCAGAGGCCACCUGGCCCUAAGAGAAGUCAGUGUCCCUGGUCCUGACAAGUGGUGUCUUCCCCCCCACACCCCUCUCCCUCUCUCUCUCUCUCUCUCUCUCUCUCUGUCUCUCUCUUUCUCUCUCAUCAAAGCUGUAGACAAACAGGAAUAAAUGUCUGGAAUGAGCCUGACCUUCAUUGGCUCGAUUCCUGUCAGAGCCCCAAGCCCCAUCUUGGGUCCAGAAGACCAUACCAUUGCCUUUGGGACAUGGGGACUGUAACCUUUGCUUUUGUGUCUCUCCAAGUUUGGGUGACUUUCGUCAUCUGGACAUACUUGUUAGCCAUAGAAAAUCCCUUUGGUCGGCAGCUGUGAAUCUACCUGAUGUCACCUGCAACAAGACCACCGAGGCCUUUUAUCUCUGCACUGAGGGGGAGGCGGGAGCCACGUUACAAGGAGGACUGCAUGGGGCAGAAGGGCGUCGGGGAGUCAGGGCGUGCGUGGGGACAGUCCCUCCCUCAGCUUCCCUGGAGUGGCUGCAAGGCGGCUGCAAUGUGCCUGGGCCGCAGGCAUCAUCCUGCCCUCCCUUGAAUGGAUGGCAUUGGAUUUCAACCAUGCAUUGCACUGUGUCCAGCAUUCUUUGCAAUAAAUACUUUUUAAAACACGA